AUGGUGAUGCAAGUCAAGGCGAGAACGAUGGCGAUGACGGUUGCAGCAGGGACGAUGAUAGCGAGGAUGCUGGGGAGCAGCCAAGGAGCGCAGGUCCGACGCGUGCAGCCGAAGCUGCCGCCGGCGGAGGCGUACGAUGUGUACUCAUGUCCGCCCCGAAAGGGGAGGGGGGACGAGACGAAGUACCAGCGGUUGUGCCAGGCCGGGGCGUAUCUCUCGCUGCCCACCUUCUAUCCGCCCGGCCAGACCAUAACCUUCGACUGUGGCGGAUAUGGGACCAAGACUUAUUGCUGUGACCCGGGCACAAUCACCUAUGAUCCGUACUAUCCCGAACUACCCAUGGCGGCCACCGUCAGCGGGAAACUAAAGUCGAACUGUGGCGACGGAGUGGUGGUUGUGAAAGCGAAGAAAGGCUGA